AUGGCGAGCCUCGUGUCGCCCACCGAGUCGACCUUCUCCGACCGCAGCUACAACGCGAGCAGCCGACCUCGACACUCUUACAGCCUGUUCCCGACCGUCGAGGCCACUCCACCGACAUCGCCGACAAUCCUCUCCCAGAAGGCCGCCUUCUCGCGCGCCGCCCUCGAAAGCCAUCAUCGACGUCGCUCGUCGUCCAUGGGCUCGGUGGCACGAGGGAAAACUCCAUCGCGGCCGGUUUCGAUCAACACCGGCAUCGCCCAGACGCUCCUUUCACCGCCCAAUGCUGCGGCAGGCACAUACACGAGAGAUGCCCGCUCGGCAGCGAUGUCGACCGUCCACGAGGUUCACUCGCAUGCGUCGUCGCCUGUGCAGGAUUCCCAUCCGAGAGGAAGCGAGGUCCGUGCGGCCGCGAUCAGCCGUUGUUCCGAAUUCGAUAGUGAAUCCUCCCAAUCUAUCGCUCGGACUAUUGUCACGUUGGACACAUCGGCAGGUACAUCAUCGUCGCCUUACGACCACGAGAGCGAGCAGAGCUCCGAUCGUUUCCUGCAACAUGGGGCCGACCUCGAUCUGCCUCCCACACCCUCCUUCCAGGCUAAUCGCUUUCGCUCCCGGCCCGGGCCCAAUCUCAAGAUUGCCAUUUCGAGACAGGAUGGUGGUGAUCAUGUCGCUCAGGGGAGUCAUGUCGAUCCGCCCUCUCGACGCUGUCCCUCACCUGCACUAAAGACUGCGAGUCAUGCUCCUCUCAGUCGAGCCAGGUCGACAUCGUCUCGAAGUGAUCGGGAAUUUAUUGUUGACGACUCCAAUCGACCCGCGCAUCAACGGAAGAGGAGUCGAUCAGCCAAACCACUCCCUUCCAUACAUCUCUCAGCAUCGGGCCAAUCCACAUUCCCACCGAACUCGUCUGUUGACAGUCUUUAUCCGAUUCGCGCUGGUUCACUGCCCACCGCGAGCUUCCCGCCACGUCCAUCCACUGCGAACCCCGCCAUCUCUACGUCGUCUCAGCUCCAGCAUACUCCUCGGACGAUGCCACCGAUCUGGGACAAGCCGUUCGGGAUGGCGAUGCCAGUCGCUCAAGAUCAAAUACGAAGCGGCGAUGCUGACGCGCCGCGUUCGAUCGCACUUCCACCCGGUGUGACCACCAAGCUGAAGGCCAAGACAUCGGAGCCGAUGCUGUCGUCGUACAAUUUCACCUGGAAGACGGUCUCGCCCGAGGAGACACCAGAGUCAGCCAAGUCAGCUGCUCAAGACACUCCCCCGAUGUCCAGGUCAGCGUCGAGUUUGGCGAAUCGAACCGAUCUGCCCGAUUCCAUCUCACGCGUGCUGGCGGCCAAAGCGCGCAUCGCCGCGCUGAACAUAUCCGACCCAAACAUACCUGAUCAAUCGCCCGCGAAGGAAAACCCUUCUCCCGUCAUCGGCGACGCGACAACUCACAGCCGAGCCACCACUCCUGCGUCGCUGCGUCGGAGGCCGUCCAUGUCUACCUUUACCGAUCCGGCUGCCACCCUCAAGGAGCUGACCGAGCAGACAGAGGCACUGCAGCUCCGAUACGCAAGUCUUCGAACGGAUCGCCAAGCGUUGUCCGCCAGCAUCGUCUGCAAACUACAAGAGAUCAAGCCGGGACCGCAUUACCACAAUCUCCUGUUGGAUGAGCAGCUGUCUCUCGCGGCGGUCAGCUCUUCGAUGGAUAUCUGCUUCGCCAAGCUCAAGGCACUUGAUUGUCGCAAGGAAGAUCUGGUGGCGGCUCUGAUCGCUCAAGCGGCCGCUCCCGUCCCACGCAGAUAUGUCCCGAGCAGUGUGCCUUCUUUGAUCUCGAACGCAUCGACCAGCUCGCGCAAAUAUUCCAUGGGACCAUCCACGGGCCGCCUGACGGGAGAAUUCGGGGAUCUCGCCAACGGUGUACGGUUGAGACGGCUCCCUUCCUACUACAGCGAUUCGGAGACCUCCGAAUGCCCGCGUUUGAGCCAGAUCCGAAAGCUGUCCAUCGGCAGCGACAAUGGUCUCGGCUUCGAGGUUCCGGAUCGCCUGGUCGUCAUCGACGCACCGUCCGAGGGACUACAUCGUUCUGGCGAUCUCCCGCUCACUCCCGUCCCCGAGAGCAUGGCGACCACACCCUCAUCCCGUCGUCGACGGAAUAGCGCCGGCGAGUCGAUCCUCGACGUCGCAGCGUCCUCCCACCGGGGCACUCGACUCAGCUCCGGCGCCACCUCCAUCCUCUCGGAUGACCUGAUGACCGACGAGCCGGCCCCGCCAGCCCGCAAGAUCCGCAUCAACGCGACCAAGGCCGCCAGGAUCAUCGAGCACCUCGUGCACUCCGCGAAUUCGGAUCGCAAUGCCGCGGCGAUGAUCAAGCUCAUCGGCGACCACGACAACAGCAUCUACCUCAGCGACGACGAAGACCCGACCUCGCCCGCCAGCGCCGAUGAACCCACCGACUCCACCAACCUUGCCUCUCUCGACGCCUCCUCCUCCAACAUCCCAGCUCCUCCUCCGCCGCCGAGAAAAUACGACGCGCCCCUGCCCCAACUGCCCCUGCCGCCCCUCCCCAUCGAGCACCUCGUCUCCUGCGUCAAGAAACCCGGCGCAUCGCUCGCCCGAUCCACCACGAGAUCGAGCACCAGCACGGGCGCCGCCAGCAGCACAACAACGGUGGCCCCCCACAGCCACAGCGGCGACAGCAACGGCUUCGCGUCAAUCCCCCUCCCUCCCCCUCCCCCUCCCAGUCCUCCGUCGAAGAAAGUCCGCGGGUACUCCACCCAGACGCUCCAGACGAUUCAGGUCUACAUGGACGAGGACGUGCUCUGUUGA